AUGUCCGCAGCGCAGCAACAAAACGAGCCUGUGGCGCUCUAUCUACACGCCGAACUUCUCCCUAACAUCCGCCACAUUACUCUCUACGUAUCGCUGCCGGAGGCGAUACGAUUGCAAAAUGUCCGACCAGAGAUCUGUUUAUCCGAUUCUCGUCGUGCUAUUACAGUAUCUCUCGCAUCGCCGCACGACGAUGUCACAGAUACGAUCAAAUUACCAGCCCGUGUCAAUGAAGCAUCUCGGUUGGCCUUGAGCGUAGCUGGACAGCGAGCUACAGAUCCUCGAGGAAAUGGACAUGAUCAGCAGGAAUACUCGUUUCGAAUGCAGAUCGAUGAUGAAGAUGCAUCGUUGCUCUCAAGGGAAGAACAUAUGGACAGCUUUGUGCCGUGGACCGCGACCGACAUGACUUCCUGUACUAGGCUUCGCUGUCGCCAUUGUAGGAGUAUUCUCCUCGAUUCGCAUAUGCCGCGUAGCUCUGAUGCUGCAGAGAAGGAUACGCAGGGGUGGGUAUGGAAGGAUUUGCCCAGUGGGAAUUGGGCUGAGAUGAUGGAUUUUUGGCAUUGCCACAAGCCGGAUCCUCAUGAGGACCAUGAUCAUAAUCAUGAUCAUGAGAACAGCGCUACAGCUGAAGACCAGAAUGCUACAGUUAAGGGAUACGGUGCCGCGAAUCAGGUUGUCGCAACUUCAGGGACUGUUCUUGUGGAUAGCGCGACCUUUCUGCUCACUGACUCCGACUGUAGAGGCUUGAAACAGGAUUGUUGUUGUACCUUUUGCGCUCUAUGCCUAGGUAUUGUUUAUUUUAACCCUACCCUAAUGCUUGGCUUGGGCAAAAAAGAAGGAGGCCAUUUCAUAACCAUGCUUUGGUCUUCGAUACAAUUGCCCUAUAAUUAUACAACAGCCUCUUCAACAACAGAAACACAGAUGGAGUUGCUUUGUGAGAAUUGCAAUAGCCAGGUGGGAGUUGAAGACACAGUUGCUAAAGGAUGGCGACUAUUCAAAACAAGCUUAUCUGUAAGCAAGCAGUCGGAAGGCGAGUGCGAAGACCCAGAAUGGGAAAGCCAUCCUUUGGAGGCAGUUGUAGCAGCUCAAUUGUUGGAGUUGAUUGAGAGAGAAAGCGCUCGACGAUUUGUUCUCCACUGUGGACAAGGGAGUGGGUUACUGAUCUGGGUCUUCAAUCCGGAUAUGCGAUAUUCGAACUCUAGCUCAGACCACAGUAUAACUGCGCAACGGGCCAUGAAAAUCCUAUUCCAGGAUGUCGUCGACGUGGAUGGGAUGCUUCAUCCGGCUAGUGGCAAGGCGUCAUCUUUGUCCCUGGAGGAACUUCGACUUUCAUCCAGCGUCUUGUCUGCUAUCUCAGAAACUUUGAAGAGGAGUUUCGAGAAUGGAAGGUUGGCGUCAUGCAUCGAUAUGACCGGACAAAGAAUGUUUGAGUAG